CGCCCCCUCAAUUCCGUUUGAGGGUCUCAGAGAAUGAAGACUUUGAUCUGAGGCUGGUGGACCCUGAUCAACAGAGUGAUACAUCCCAGGCUUUAUUCGGAGUCACGGAGAGGACCCUGAGUGAGGACUGAGGGUGCCCUCAUUGCCUGCCCUCCUGCCCACACUACUGUCUACUGCCUCUAACCAGUGUCACCAUGCCUCGGGGGCAGAAUAGUAAGCUUCGUGCCCGUGAGAAACGCCGUCAGGCCCGGAGUGAAGCUCAGGGUGUCCAGGAUGCUCAGGCCACUGCAGCAGCUGAAGAACAGCCCCUCACUUCCCCCUUUCCUCCUUUUGGUGGUAAUGCUCAGAGCUCUUUAGCUGCUGGGUCAGGUAGAAAAUCCCAGGGGUCCCAUACAGCUCCAUCCACUACUAUUUCUGCAGGUGUUUCACACACAAGAUCUGAUGAAGGUGCCCAGAGCCAAGACAAGGAAAGACCAAGCACCUCUCAGGCACAACCCAGCACUGAUCAUUACCGUAGAACCCUGCUAGAUGACAAGGCAAUUCUUUUGGUGCAAUUCCUGUUGCGCAAGUACAACAUGAGGGAGCCCAUAACAAAGGAAGACAUGAUGAAGUAUGUCAUCAAGAAGCACAAGGAGCACUUUCAUGAGAUCCUCAGGAAAGCCUCUGAGCUAAUGGUGCUGGCCUUUGGCAUUGAUCUGAAGGAAGUCGACCCUACCAGGCACUGCUACGCCCUUGUCAGCAAAUUUCAGCACACCUAUGAUGAUAGGCUGAGAGGUGAAGAGAUCAUGCCCAAGACAGGCCUUUUGAUGACUAUUCUUUGUGUGAUCUUCAUGAAGGGCAACUGUGCCACUGAAGAGGAUAUCUGGGAAGUACUUAAUGUGAUGGGGAUAUAUGCUGAAAGGAAGCACCUCAUCUAUGGGGAUCCCAAGAAGCUCAUCACCCAAGAUUUGGUGCAGGAAAGGUACCUGCAGUACCAGCAGGUGGCCAACAGUGAUCCUCCACGCUUCGAGUUCCUGUGGGGCCCGAGAGCUCACGCUGAGACCAGCAAGAUGAAAGUCCUUGAGUUUUUGGCCAAGAUCCACGAUACAGUCCCCAGUGCCUUCCCAUCCUGGUAUGAAGAAGCUUUGCGAGAUGAGGAAGAGCGAACCCGAGCCAGAUUUGCAGCUCUGCUUCGUACUGGUGCCCUGGCUAACGUGCGCUCCAGGGUCAAUUUUGGCAGCUUCUUCCAACUGUAG